CCUCCCCGUCAGGCAGUGUCAACAAGUGUCGCACCUACUGCAGAAAACGGCCCUCAAGUUUCAUCACGGUGAUGCUAAAAAAUAUUCUCCAGCUUCAGCAGUGACCUAGUUAAUUCAAGGGCAGGAAAAACACGCUCUUCUUCGAGAACUUGCUUGGGGCACGGACUUUUCCCUCUUAGGAAGACAUGAGUUUUUCUGAAACAGACCCAACUGCGCUUUGAUCUGUUUGUGGACAAGACCCUGAAUUUGAGUCCCUGUCAGGAGACAAGGACAUAAGGACAUCCAAUCAAUGCUUCACAUACAGCCAGGGGACCCCAACAACGAGCCAGCCUCUCAAUAACAUCUCUCGGAUAAACAAUCACGUGGCAUGAAAGGAUGACAGACCCAGGCUGCCUCCAGAGGCACACACUGUGUUUUUUAUCAACGUUACUUUCCCAGAAGGUUCCGGAGAACUCUGACGUCGUGCUUCGAUGCAUGAUAGCUGGUCAGCCCAAGCCAGAGGUGACCUGGUAUAAGAAUGGCCAAGCCAUAGGCUCUGGAGGCAGUGUUUCCAGCUAUGAGUUCUUUGAGAACCAGUAUGUUCAUUUGCUACAUCUCUCGUGCUGUACCCAGAACGAUGCUGCUGUUUAUCAAGUCGCGGCAAGAAGCUGCGCCGGGAUGAUCUGCUGUUCGGCAUCCCUCGAGGUCCAGAGUCUACCGGACCCACAGGUCUCUCCUGAUCCAGGAGGUGGCAGGGACAUGGCUGGCAAACAAGAGACAGAGAUCCGUGAAGAAAGCAGCACGAAUCACUUGGACAAGAAGCAGAACCCUUGUAAGGAAGAAGAAAGCAUGGCCUCGGGGGCUUUCAGGUCACCUGAUUCCUCCCCAGACAAAUUCAACCACUCGUGGUCACCCCAGGCAGUGGCCAAUCAUGACUCUGGUGCUUCCAAUUCUGAGAAUCCUCUAGACGUUAAAGAGAUGAGACAGAUGACAGACCCUUACAGUUCAAACAGCUCACAAGAAAAUCCCUUUAAUUCAAAUAACGCUACUGAAAAACAGGAUGUAUGUCAGCACAGGACAGUGCAUGCCAUCGUCCCAGGGUUAACUGGUGAUGGCAUGGGCAACGAAGGAGCUAAUGAUGCGGGUGUUACCGUUAGUCAUCAAACCCCAAAAGCACCGAAAUACAUCAGUUUUAGUCUUCCGCUGCCAGAGGCAAAGGCAACCCUGGGUCCUUACCCAGGUGACGGCAACUCCGUCGACAUGCAGCCUGGCUCCCAGGUUUCCAGCGAAGACUCUGACAGUGACUAUGAACUUUGCCCAGAGAUAACCCUAACCUACACGAAGGAGUUUUCAGAUGAUGACCUGGAGUAUCUGGAAUGUUCCGAUGUUAUGACGGAUUACUCUAAUGCGGUUUGGCAAAGGAGCCUGCAGGGGACUGACCGAGUUUUUUUAUUAGAAAGCGAUGACGAAGAGAUGGAAUUCAGUGAGUGUGGUCUGGGUGGGUGUGAGCAUUUCCUCAGAGAAAUGGGUUGUGGGCCUCGGGUGUCAGGUGACAUGGGGCCUAUGAAUGCCACCACUGGCUUCUGUAGUUAUCACUCACAAUCCCAGGAAGUGGGGGUCAGAAGCAGCGGCACCUCCAGGCACAGUCCCUUAACCCUGCACUCAGGAAUGACUCUUACCCUGGGACCUCACCAGGAUGGGACAGCUAAAAUGACUGAGCCGGGGAAGCCUCCACUCUCUACUGCUUCCGAGGCUGUUGAAAAUGAUUGUUCAGGAAUUCGGGGAGAAACCAGAGACAACCCUGAAGCAGGAGAGGAAUUCUCCGGUGACAAGCUACAAAGCAUGGAUAAGGCACAGACAGAGGCAUCGGUGCAGCCCUCGUCUGGGGCCUCAGAGAAGUCAGAGGAGAGGCAGGGUCUGGAAAGCCUGACUGGGGACCGAUCAGAUGAGAAGCACCAGGGCAGCAGGAAGAUUGCCCCGAGACCCAUCAGGGUGAGGCAGCCAGGAAUGAAGGCAAAUGCCAAAAAACAGCUGCUGAAAGACAGUGCCCCAAAAGGCACUUUUGAUCCCUUCUCCAAAGAACCGACUAGGCACCCCUUAACUGGGAGCUAUGGACAAGAGCCCACUCACACCAAGGCAGGAACUCCUGGCUGGAAUUCCCACUUCCAUGAAGAACUGUGUAUUCCACUUCCUACAGAGCAAGACUCCAAACCCCCUCGACCUCCAGCAGACUCAUUUCCAAAGGAAGGGGACACAAGUUUUGGGGAAUCAAGGGGACUGGUUAAUAAAUUAUUUGAAGCAAGCCAGAUUCCAGACCAGACUGACCAUCUUCAGACGCAAAUUCAAGAGAGGGAGUCUACAUUCACGGGGACCACAGCAAACUUUGUCUCCAACUUGAAUGAGAUCAACCAGGAAAAUGCAUCAUUGGCCCAAUACCUGGGGCCAGAAAGCUGUCUUCACAGCUCCCAGCAGGAAGUCAGACAAGACAGAGAAGGCAACAGGCCUGGUGAUCGCUGGGCAGAACCAGCACACGAACUGAGUGCCUUAGAUGAAGUGUCCCAGGUUCCGGACUUGGUGCAUCUCCCUCAGGGUGAGAGUACGGACUGCAGGGAGCUAGAGGCUCUCUCCCAGCCUACUGCUCCCUCCCUCCCCCUGGAAAAGAUGGGCAGUGGGUCAAGGGGCAGAAAGGCUGCCUAUGUGAUAGGGUGUUUUGAAGCUGGUGACCAAGAAACAUGUUAUGAUACCAUGAAUCUUCCUGUUGGAGGACCAGUUGAUAAAUAUUUACCUCAAGAAAUUUGCCCCACGGACUUGGAGCUGACAGAAGGUCAAAGCAAAGUGUCUGAUUUAUGUUCUCCCGACAAGACACUGGCUGCUCUUCAGACACAAGGUUUGGAGUUUCCACAGUCCACAUAUGACUGCAGCAAGGAUGGAAAGUCCUCUCUUUUUAACAGUGCCUUCACCUGGAACAUGGCACAGGAGUCCAGCGAAGAUGCUGUGGGGGAGACACCAGCUGAUGCUGGGAGUUCUCCCUCCAUCUUCUCUUUCACAGUACCCCACAACUUGGGAGGGCCUGGGGAGACACAACCUCUUUGGUCUGAGAAUGACACCUUUGUAAACAAAAAUGAAGGAGGCUGUGGAAGCUCCAAUCUCAGUGUCCCGAUGGCCACAGACACACUUGCAGGCUCUGGUUCUGUCAGCGGGCACCCAAAAGAGCGGCCAACAGAAUCAACUGCUAAUGUCGAUUGUCAUCAGGUGAUCGGGGAGACUGAGGACACAUUAACUGAUGCCACCAAAGCCCAUGCAAUCAAAUGUCACACUGCGUCUAUUGCUGCGGCCAGCCACCUUGUCGAUGGUGCCGACCAGGCCUCAUGUGAGGCACAAGAUGAAGAUAGUUUCCAAUCCCUUCCUGACAUGCGCUCGGGUCAUUCUUUAAACAGCUCCACAAGUGAAGUAACCCGGGAGACUCUUGUCCCAGCACCCAGUGUUCCAGGAGCUCACGGCCACUUCUCCCUGCCGGAGGGACAGGGUGUGUGUGGCAGUUCUCUUCACACUGAUAACCAGCUUGGGUAUAAGAGCCAGAUUGGGGAGGGAGUCCACAUCAGAGGCCUUGAAGAGGACUUCCAAGAAAAGGGAAGUGGCGCAAAGCAGUGCGUCCAACCAAAGAGCCCAUCCCACCAGGGUUCUCUUUCUGCAAAUGAUUUCCAAGAAAUUUUGCCAUUAAUAUCUGCUAGGCAGCAGGAUGCCAAUGAAGAGCCUUUUGAGUACUCCCUCACAGAUUCCAGGGAAGAAACUGGGAAUAGCUCAGACCCAAGGACCAGUGUCUCUGGGGUAGCUGAGAAGACUGUGGAGGAAGACAGUCCUUUGGUAAGCAAUGUUCCAUCUCUCCCUGCCAUCCUCCUUGGAGAGAAAGACGACACUGGACUAGGAAGUUGGGCCGUGGGCAGCAAGGUGAAGAUCAUAACUCUAGAAGCCCCUGUUUUUGAAAUCUGGCCACCAGAACAAGUGACGAAUUCUGGGUCCAAGGAGGCAGAAGUUGGUCUCCUGGCACCUGGUAGGGGCUGGGCUCUGCCUGACAUCCUCAGAGCAGGUGCUAUCAGGCCUGUGCCGGGCACCUUGGGAAUGGCAGCAUGGGUUCCCAGGCCCCAAGCUGACCCUAUCACAGACCCUGCUACCAACAGAGGUACUCAUGCAAAUGAUGCACCAGCCAGACAAGCGUAUGGCAGCAGCCUGUCUUCCCAGUGUCUGGGCCAACCCAGACUCCUGGAGUCCUCUGUAGACCCUGUUGGGGAAGGGGAGUCAGAUAUCACAGACUCUCCGUUCCAGGCUCCUGAAACUGGAGCGAUGGACACUGUUGAGAUCAUGAAUGAAGAACCGGAAGACAUCCAGCAGAAACUACAUCACCCUGGCUUCAUUGACCGGUGUUUGAACUUCCCUAAGCUCCUAGAGUCCUCUGUGGACCCCAUUGAUGACUCGGGGCAGAUGGAGUGGGUCUGGUCCGAGAAGCCAGAGCCCCCUGACGUCAACAUAGAAGGAAAUGACUCCACUGAUAGAAACGCAUGUCAGAGGGUAGACGUCCAACCUGCGACCCUGCCGGUUCCACGUCCCCAGGACAGUGAGGGGAUCCUUCCAAACGAAAACAUGAGCCACCAAAGUCCCGUCGACAGAGAGCGAGCAGAAGCCAAACAAAGCCAGCCUAAUGAAGAAGUGAGAGGCGCCACUUGGCAAGCCCUGUGUCCUGGUGAAGAGAGACAAAGAAUUCCAAGUGUGUGCAAUGUGAGCCAAAUGCAAGAUGGUAGUGGCGGGUGCCUAGGAGAAGCCAGGCACAGGAGAAAGGACAAGGCCGAAUCAAUUGUCCCCGUGUCACCUCUUUCUAGUUGUCUCGCAGGAAUGACUCACACAUCUGUCGAGGUUGGUACCAACUCCACAGGCCACAUUUAUGGUGGGUCUGAGCCCAGAAACCAUCAAGAUGUAGUUCCCAUGGGGAAGGAAAAAAGAACUAUUGAGAACAAGUGUGGGAAACAUAUACCCUCUUCAGACGCUCUCACAGAGACACCUUGUGCUCCAUCUCCCAAAGGAGAUGUCACACGCUUGUCAACUGGCCACGGCAUGGAGGAACUGAAAUCAGAGGCACUUCAGAUUGCAGAAACCAAACCCCUCAACUCAUCCGACUCCCCAACAAGGGCCAUGGCUUUUGUUUCAGGAGAAUGUGAGUCAGAGAAAGCCCCUGACAGCUUGUUACUUCAAGACCCGUGUCAAAAGGGCUUCGCCCUGGAUAGCGGGAAGAGGUCUGGAGAGGAACUGCAGAGGUAUGUGGCUGCCCAGACCAGCAAGGCUCCUGGGGCCCUGUCAGCCAUGGCUGGGUCAGAGCAGGCCAAGAAGAAGCAAGAGGCCUCGGGGAGUGGCCACUUAGCUGCAGGGGUCAAGAAGAAAAUUCUAUCCAGGGUCGCUGCCCUAAGACUCAGACUGGAGGAAAAGGAAAAAGCGAAAAGGAACUCUAUUCUGAAGAAGCCGCCUAAGUUUGAAAAGUCCUUAUCCCGCACUGAUGAGAAAAAAGACCCCAAAAAGGCCCCCUGUAAAGCUGAAGGGAAAGCUCCAGUGCUGUUGAAGAAGAUCCAGGCUGAGAUGGCUCCCGACCACUCUGGAAAUGUAAAGCUGAGCUGCCAGUUUUCAGAAAUUUAUGAAGAUUCUACCAUCUGUUGGACAAAAGACUCAAAGGCAAUAGCCCAGGCCAAGAGAAGUGCAGGGGACAACUCCACUGUUUCCUUGGCCAUUGUUCAAGCUGGCCAGAAGGACCAGGGCCUCUAUUUCUGCUGCAUCAAGAACAGUUAUGGAAAAGUCACUGCUGAGUUUAACCUCACGGCUGAAGUUCUUAAACAGCUUUCAAGUCACACAGAGUAUAGAGGAUGUGAAGAGAUUGAAUUCAGCCAGCUCAUCUUCAAAGAAGAUGUCUUCAAUGACAGCUACUUCGGGGACCACCUGCGUGGCCAGAUCUCCACGGAGGAACUUCACUUCGGCGAAGGGGUGCACCGCAAAGCUUUCCGCAGCACGGUGAUGCAGGGCCUCAUGCCCGUCUUCCAGCCUGGCCAUGCGUGCGUGCUCAAGGUGCACAAUGCUGUUGCCCACGGGACCAGAAACAAUGAUGAACUUGUGCAGAGGAACUACAAACUUGCUGCCCAGGAGUGCUACGUUCAGAAUACUGCCAGAUACUAUGCCCAGAUCUACGCUGCUGAAGCACAGCCUCUGGAGGGCUUCGGAGAGGUGCCAGAGAUCAUUCCUAUUUUUCUUAUCUAUCGGCCUGAGAACAACAUCCCCUACGCCACAGUGGAAGAGGAGCUGAUUGGAGAAUUCGUGAAGUAUUCCAUCCGAGAUGGGAAGGAAAUCAACUUCCUCAGAAGAGAUUCGGAGGCUGGUCAGAAGUGUUGCACCUUCCAGCACUGGGUAUACCAGAAAACCAGUGGCUGUCUCCUGGUCACAGACAUGCAGGGUGUGGGAAUGAAGUUAACUGACGUUGGCAUAGCAACACUAGCUAAAGGGUACAAAGGAUUUAAGGGCAACUGUUCCAUGACCUUCAUUGAUCAGUUUAAGGCACUGCACCAGUGUAACAAGUACUGUAAAAUGCUGGGGCUGAAAUCCCUUCAAACCAACAGCCAGAAGCCUAAGAAAGCAAGCAUCGGGAAGGGCCGAGUUCAGAUAACCUCCACAGCAGUGAAGACUCCAGAGUCUGGGACUCCCGCCGAAAAGAAGACCUAGCAUCCCUCAUCCCUUAGAAACCAGUGACCAGCAGCCAGCAGCACACGUGGGCAUCUGCAAACAAACACACAGGGGACAAGAACCUGCAGCCUGCAGAGUGGGUCACCGUCCUUCCCAGCUCACUGCCACUUGCUGGCUGCUGAAAUGACUUUGGAAUGGAUCUUUAAGACUCAUUAGUUC